AUGCGCAAAGAGUCAGUCCUGUUGGACUGUCAUGUGCGCGGAGAAGCUCCCAUUGACAUCAGAUGGCUCAAGAAUGGACUGGAGCUGGUGGAGAGCCAGAGGGUCUACCUGCUCUCCAACAGUUCCCUGUUUAUUUCGGAAGUGGAGAACAGACGAGGAGACAAAUCAGACGAAGGCGUUUAUCAGUGUCUUGCUCAGAAUAAAUAUGGAGCAAUCCUGAGCCAGAAAGCCCGUGUUACAAUCGCAAGUAUCUCUGCUUUUUCAAUCCAGCCCACCUCCGUAGUGGCCACUCAAGGCUCAGUGGCUCGAUUUUCCUGUAAAAUCAGUGCACACCCUCCUCCCAUCAUCACGUGGGAGUUCAAUCGUUGCAUGGCCACAGGAAACCCUCGACCCAUAGUGUCGUGGAGCCGAGCCGAUAGCAAGUCUAUUGACGUUUACAACACCAAAGUUCUAGGAAAUGGCAACCUCAUCAUCUCUGAUAUCAAGCCACAACAUGGGGGAGUCUAUCUGUGCAGAGCCACCACCCCUGGGACUCGAAACCACACCAUCGUCUCAGCCAAUAUCACUGUACUAGCUCCACCUUCUCUGGUCGAAUGGCCAGAGAGUCUGACACGUCCUCGUGCUGGUACAGCUCGCUUUGUGUGUCAAGCAGAGGGAGUCCCAACUCCUCAAAUCACUUGGUUCAAGAACGGCAAGAAAGUCCACUCUAAUGGCCGCAUCAAGAUGUACAACAGCAAGCUUGUCAUCAAUCAGAUCAUCCCAGAAGACGAUGCUGUUUACCAGUGUCAGGCCGAGAAUAACCUGGGCUCUGUGAUGUCCAUGGCGCGUCUCAUUGUGGUGAUGUCAGAGGAUCGGCCGAGUGCUCCACGCAACAUCAGAGCGGACACUGUGUCCAGCUCCGCCAUCCUGCUGGCCUGGGACAAGCCUCUGUUCAACUAUGACAAAGUUAUUGCCUAUUCAGUGCAUUACAUGAAGGCUGAAGGUUUAAACAAUGAGGAAUAUCAAGUUGUCAUUGGAAAUGAUACAACUCGAUACAUUAUUGAUGACCUGGAGCCGGCUCGCAACUACACUUUCUACGUGGUGGCCUACAUGCCGAUGGGAGCCAGCCGCAUGUCAGACCAUGUGUUUCAGCACACGCUUGAGGAUGUUCCCUUGCGCGCCCCUGAGCUCAGCCUGACCAGCAGCUGCCCCACAGACAUCCAGGUGUCAUGGCAACCCCUCCCCGACAAACUGAGCAGAGGACAUGUGUUGGCCUACCGCUUGUCCUACCGCACCAGCUCCGACAACACGAUCACGCAGAUUGAGCUCCGCGGACAGAAAACUCAGCAUCUCCUGGAAAACCUGCAGCCAGACACCAUCUACCUCCUGAGACUCGCUGCGGCCACGAGUGUGGGGUGGGGAGAGCCCUCUGCCUGGGCUUCACAUCGCACACCGAAGACGUCUAGUGCUCAGGUUCCAGGAUCUCCUGAGCUGCAUUUGGAGCCCCUAAACUGCACCACUAUCGUCGCCCGUUGGCAGCUGGGUCCGAGAAACGCAAUGAGUGUCCAGGGCUUCAAGCUGUUUUACCGCGAGGAGAGCCGACCAGAGAAGGCGCCCAUCCAGCUCCGCACCACUGUCAAAAGCCACACCAUCAGCGGCCUCGACCCCAGGAAGAAGUACCAUGUGAAACUUCUAGCAUAUAACUUUAUCGGCGAAGGCUACCAGGCUGACCAGACCAUAAGCACCCCAAGCUGUGUCUCUGUCCGAGAUCGCCUUGUUCCCCCUCCGCCUCCACCACACAACGUUGAAGCCAAAAGCAACAGCUCGUCGUCUGUGUUCUUGCACUGGAGCCGACCCGCGUUCACCACCAGCCAUGCAAUCAACUACACUGUGCGCUGCAAUCCUGUGGGCCUGCAGAACGCAUCCCUCGUGCUCUACCUGCAAACGGGCGAGCAGAGUAUUGUCGUGAAAGAUCUUCAACCAAACACCAGAUAUGAAUUUGCGAUUCGUCUUCAUUUUGACCAGUUGUCCAGCCCCUGGAGUCCUGUGGCCUAUCAAAGCACUUUGCCCGAAGCUCCAGCGAAGCCUCCGUCUAACGUUAAAGUCACUCUGAUUGAGGAGGACACGGCUCUGGUCUCGUGGAAAAGUCCAGAAGAGCCAAACAUGUCGGUGACGCGCUACACCAUCCUCUACGCCUCCAAACAGGAGUGGCUGGCGGGCCGGUGGCAGGUCCUGCACAGAGAGGGGAGCAUAACCAUGGCCCUGCUGGAGAACCUGAAGCCCGGUCUGGUGUAUUUGGUCAAAGUUUCGGCCUCGAACAACAUGGGCGACGGGCCGUUCUCUUCCACUGUGGAGCUGACUGCUUUGUCCUCAGCGCAAAACCCACAACUUUCCCACGACUCCACAAUGCUAUACAGCGGUUUCUACCACCUGGACCAGAGGUCUAUGACUGGAAUCACCAUUGGAGUCUCCAUCGCUCUCAUUUGCAUCAUCAUCUGUGCGUUUGUCCUGGUCUGCCGAGGCAAAAACAGGAAAAUGUCAGCAGUGAAGCAGUUUGGAGCUGAGCAGAGCCCCUCCCAGUCAGAGCAACAGGCUGCGAGUGGAGAAGUUGCUGUUCCCAUGAACCACUUUAUUGACGCCAAGGGUGGAACAAACCUGAUCAUCAACUCUCUUGGUCCUGUUCAACCAAACACAGAAAAGCAAAGCAAAUGGUUUACGUUCAACAGUAGAGAUAAAAAAGAGAAAACAGGCAGCAUAUCUUUGCAGAGCACCACACCCCAGAGGCUGCAGUAUCACCAGGGCACCACCGUCUUGUACCACGAGGAGCUGUGUGCGGAGUCGCCCAUGUCUCUUGAGGCUUUACUGGGACGCCCCACCGACACGGAGGGCUCAUCGGGGAGCGAGGAGAGCCAUAGGACGGGCGACUCGGGCCGCUUCUCCCAUGACGAGACGGAGCUCACCAACCUGUCGUCUGCUGCGGGGAGCCGGCCGCCAUCUUUGACCGAUGAAGACAGUGGUGACAGCGGAGACAGCGGCCUGGACCGAAGGGCGCAGGACCCCAGAAAGUGCACACGGACUGAGGCUGAGGCUGUUUCCUGUAUUGAUGUCAUAUCUAUUCAGGCCUAA